UAGAAUAACAAGUGCAAACGGAUGGAGAGGGGGGAGGAAUGAAAGAAAGAAUGCGUACUUAGUAGUUUCCUUUCAUGAAAUAUUUUUACAGAGGCUGAUAGAGCUGUAUGAAAAUCUCUAAAGAAACUUGAAUCAUAAUCCUCUCUGUAGAAAUGCUUCUGUUUAAAACUCUAAAGAAAUGUUAUUAAAUCUUUCACGGAACAGAAUUCUAUAGAAGAGCUGCUUUCCAAAAUCAUACAAAAAUUUUACAAACCCUCUACGAAACUUUGCUCAAAAAUCCGCAUUUUCCAAAUUUUAAUCAAAGCAAAUUUUUAGUUUCUGAUGCAUUAUAUAAGAUUCAUAAAAGCAAAAUAAAUUUUUUACUCAUAAGGCUAAUUCAGUUUUGAAUGGAAGGUUUUGCUUUUUAGUUUCUAAAUGUAUGUAAUAUUUCGUUCAAGUUUUGUACUGUAUCUCAUACAUGUGGCAAAAUUAAAUAUUAUUAAAGCAUAAAAUCAAUUUAAACCACAAAACUAGUUCAAAGAUUAAAUUUUGCUGUUAAUUAUAAAAUUUUAAUUCUUGAAAUUAAUGCUUUUAAUUGCUGUAUUGCAGAGUCUCACUCUUUAUGGUAAAAUAUACUAAGUCCGAAUGGAUCUAAGCGACUUAUCGCUAUGUCCAGUAAGCAAACAGAAGCGUAAGAAGGGUGUAAAAGACACUUUUAUGAAGAACUCAAUUAGCUGAGCAGAAGGCACUGCUGGUGCUUACAAAACCAGUCUGCAUUUGUGGCGUAAACUCAAAGUAAAGCAUUCAAAAUUAAACUAAACUCUAAAGUAAGCCCAAGGCUACGCAGAAAUAAUUAACGCGUAAGUUGGCUCAAACCUAUACCGGCCUGAAAGCACUAUCUGCAAGAUUAAAGCAACGCCGUAGACAGUAAUGCUAUCGUAGAACAUCAACUAGCAACAUGAUCUUCAGCAGGCGUAACACGCUCUGACUAAACAGUCUAAAACCUCAGACAAAGUUAAAACAUUCUUAUUCAAAAGUUAAAAUUUUCUUAAUCCCAAAAGAAUUUUUUUAUUUUAUAAUGCCUUUUAUGUAUUCAAAAAUUGUACAAGAAAGGAAACUGAAGCUGUUAUCAAGGCAGAAAGUAAUCGAACAAUUGAGUCCUUUUUGGGAGCUGAUUUGGAAAAAAAAAAAAAAAAUUACACAGAUGGUUCAUCAGAUGAGACUAUCCAACAGAGUGAAGCCUCUAUUCACAUCACUGUACCAAAUGGAGCAACUAUACUCCAAAGCCAUAGAGCAGGCCACAUCGCUUCCAACUUCGCAUGUGAAUUAAAAGCAAUCCAGGAGGCUCUGAGAAUUUACAUCGAUUUCAUUACGACUUCUGAGAAUUAAUGAUAAAGCCAGAGGACUUGUAAUUUACUGUGACGCUAAAGGUGCCCUAGAGACAAUACUGCAAGGACAUUCAAGACUCGCCCAGGAUACACACCAACACCUAAAAAUAAUCAACCAAGAUGGGAAAGGCAUGCGGCUAUGCAAUGGAUACCUGCACAUGUUGGAAUCAAUGGAAACGAGAUAGCCGAUUAACUGGCUGAAAAGGUUUAUAAAGGAAUGACUCGAAUAGGAAGGAGACUCAUAGAGGAUUUCCUUCUACCUGCUUUGAAUGAUGAGAGGUAUGGAGACUUAUUGAAAUGGAUUGAUCGUGAUAAACGCUAUUUCAGCAUUAGAUGGAGUCACAAAAAUGCAGCAAAGUGGACAUUAGCGGACACAGCUGUAUUUCAGGAUUGGGAUAAACUGAAAGGCCAUUAUCAUCCUGAAAUCAAAGGCUAUUACAUGCAAGCCAAACAACGAUUUAGAGCUGCAUUAUAUAAGUUGAAUACAGUGCGAAAGUUACCGUGUGAAGAUAAACAUGUAAAAAAGUACCAGCUAGUAUUGGAUCAUGAUAAGAGGAAGGCUGACAUCCUAGGAAGGACAAAAAUUAGCCGAAUAUUAGCCAAGAAAGAAGAAUGCCAAAAGUCAAUUCCGACUUCGGUUAUUUGUAAGAACACUUCUUACAUCGAGAAACCAAAGAGAGUUUUUAUAGAACAGCCAUGUUCUCCUCCUUCACCUGCUAGCUCAACUAAAAGUGAGAACUCUGACAAAAUGGAAGAGGAUAGAUGUGUGGAAGAGUAUCAGCAAGCACUACAGAAACAAUUGAUGCAUAGUAACUGCUGCAAACAUCUCAGAAGUAUUGUUACACCAAAGAAAGAAAAUUUGCCAAAAGCUAAAUACUGUAACCCAGUUUUUAAGGAAAUUCCUAAAACAAACUUUAUGCAAAAAGCUCCUCAUGUGCCUAUACAACCUGUACCUGUAUAUAGUAAGUGUUUUACAAGACCAGUAGUCGACAACUCACAAAGACGUUACGAAAGUCCUCAUCUUCUUCUAGUCCCGACGUACAAUGAUGACAUAUUUGAGGACACCAAGGUGUAUAAUGAUGAUAUAUCAAAUGACAGUAAGGAGAAACUUUCUAACCACUUUGUGAGCAAACAAAAUUCAGAAAGUGUGUUAAAUUUAUCUGAACAGUUUGUUGUCAGUGAACAAAAUUCAGAAGGUGCAUUAAAUUUAUCCAUAAAAUCCGAGUCCAGCGACAUGUGGGCAAGUAGGUGACCAAAGGAUGAUGACUUGCUGUGGCUUCAUUUUACAGAAAAGCUGUGCAUCGAAGCAUAAAUCUGGAUCAAGCUUCCAUUUUGCUUCAAAAUCAAAAAUAAGCCAAAUGAGAAGAAAAAGAGGCUAGUUAUAAUUUUAAUUUUAAAAUGAAUGAAAUUUUUCACUUCGCUUGAGUGCAUUUCAUUGUCACCAAAGAAAUCAUAUUGUGCAAGGAUGAGGCAUGGAGGUAGAUUUCUACCUAAUUUGUAAAAAGUAAAGACUUGGUAAAAUGGAGCCCUUCUUUUCUAUAUUGUUAUAUGAUUCUGAGUUACUAUUUCCAUUUGUCAAUUAUUCAGCAUUCUUGUAUAUUGAUAUAAUUUUUAUUGUGUAAUUAUUUUUAUGUAAUUUGCAUUUUAUUAUAGCCAUAGUAUGUGUUAACUCUUUCACAUCGGUAGAGGCCAAAAUAAACAUCUGGAAUGCCCACCUGUAUAAUUUUUUGUUGGAAUAGAUUUCCUUUCCCUGUGCCAAGUAGCAUUAACAAUAACCAACUUAAGUGAAGCUAUUACUUCUCUCUUGGGGAUUUUUUUUCCAAGUUUCCUGUUAAGAAGGAUUGUAACUAAAUGUAAGCAAAGGAGAAGGAAGGGGCAUUCAAAUAAGAGAGCUCCUUUUAUUUGCUUCAAAAAAAUGAUUGGCCUGUCAUUUAACAAUUCUUUAAACGAAUGAGUCGUGCACUAAAGCAUAAUUGAGAGAAAGUGCCCUCAUCAUGGCAGGUCGCCUGAAAGCUAGUAUAGAUUUUCUAAAAAAAUAGAUUCAGGAUUUUUGGUGAUCUGCUAAUGUUUGAAUGCACUGGCAUUUUGGGCGACUAUGCUGUGAGUUAGAUAUUAACCAUUAGAGUCUCAACAAUUUUAAUGUUCUAGAGCAUGAGACUGAUAAAUCUGAAAUGUUUCUAGAGCAUGACAGUCUUAGGCUUUCUGGUGGUGAUCUGCCAAUAUCUAAAUGCACAGGCCUUUCAGUUGACUAUGCUGUGAAAGAGGUAGAUGCGAAACCAUUAGAGUCCCAACAGUUUUAAUGUUCUAGAACGUGAGACUGAUAAGUCUUAAAUAUUUCUAGAACAUGACAGUCUUAACAAUUUUGGAAAUGCAAGAGCAUGAGACUCUUAACAGUUGUGCUUUUUUAAUUUGUUAUUGCAUUUCAUGAAGGCUAAGAUAUACAUCCUUACAAAACAUGAAUGGGGGGAGGACUUCAAAUCAUUGUUAGAGCAUCAAAAUCUAAACAUUUCAAAAAUUGAAUAAAAAUGUUCAUCUUUACUUUAUUAAAUGUAUAAAUAUUUUAUUUUAAAGCAUUUAUUUUUCAAAAAUUUAAAAAUAUCAAUUUCAGUUGAUUCAUUUUUUUUGGGGGGGGCAAUCUUUUUAAAUUACAUGUGCAUUUCAUUUAUAUUUUUCUAUAUGACAAUACUAUAUUUUAUCAUUAGAAUAUUUUUCUACAAUAUCCUUUAAUAUAUUCCAUACAAAAUGGUCGAAAAAUUUGUGAACUUUUUACAGAAUUAUGUAGCUAAAAAUGUUAUUUCUAAUUUCUUUUUGAAAAUUAUAUGAAAUUUGCUGAAUUCAAAAAAGAUGUGUGUGUAGGAAAAAUUAUUAACCUUGAACUGUCAGUUCUCUUGAAAGUUAACAUUUUAUAUACCUUUAUACUUGGAAUUGCAUCCUGCAUAAUCAGUUAAAAUAAUACUGAGAUAUAUUUUUGAAGGUCUUGGUUAAUUUGCAUCUAACCUUAAAAUUGGUGCAUUUCUAAAUAAGUUUCAGUGGAAAAUAAUAAUUUUAAUUCAGACUUGAUCGUAAAUUAUCCACAAAAUAUGCAAUGCAUUGCAAUACAUUUCUUUUAAUUAAAAGGGACCAUUUUGUAAAUUGUGUCAUAUCAUUUUAUUUUUAUAACUUAGUUCAAGUGAAAGUAAAUAAGGCCCAAAUUUUUUCAUGUGUUGGAAAAAUGGCAUAUCAUUUUACCUUUUAAUGACAUAUUUAAUAAAUUUGUAUAUUGCAACAUUUCUAAAGAAUAAACAAAGAUGUGGAAAAUCAAUAAUUGAUCAUUAUCAUUAUAUUUCCACCAUAAAUUAUUAAUCAUACAUUUUAUCAUCCUGACUUUGACUGAUAUUUUUUUUUUUUUUUUUUUUUUUUUUUUUUUGUUUUUUUUUUUUUUUUAACAGUAUAAUUUUGUAUAAUCUAAAAACCAUAAAUGCAGAUUGUUUUAAAUAACAAAAUUCUUCUGUGUAGAAGUUUUAGUCUUCAGUUAUAAAACAGUGAAAAAUGUACUUUAAAAAACUUCCUUCAGAUACUCAUUGACAGUGAAAAAUGUACUUUAAAAAACUUCCUUCAGAUACUCAUCGUAUAGGACCAAAUGUGCUUUUAUGCCAGUAAUAUUUUUUUUCUCCAAGGAUGUGUAAUUAUUUUUAAUUUGCAAGUCAUAAAGUAAUCAAGCAUUGCCUUUUUAUUUUAUUUUAGACCAUCAUUUUUUAUUAUUCCCUGUAUAUACAUUUAUUUGUUGUUACUUUUUAUUGUUGUGUAUCAUCAAUUGCAUUUUUUUUAAUUAUAAUUUCAUUUCAAGCUUUUUUUGGCAUUAUGUGUCCUUACUUUAAUAUUAAAUGUUUGUCUUAAGUUUUAGCAUGACAUGUUGGUUUCUGUUACUGUCAUAAUAUUUAAGAACAGAUCUAUGAAAUAAUGCAUUUUCCUUAAUCCUUGAAAUAUUUAGUUUUGUAAGAAAAUAACUUUCAUAGAAUUUCAUUAGAUAGCUGUAUUCAUUGGUAACGUAAAAGCACAACACUUUAACAAUCUAUUUGUGAAUAUUGCUACUAGAUCUUCUAAUAUUACCAUUAAACCAAAUUCAGCAUUUUCCUCACGUGAUGCUAAAAACAGCUUCCCAUUAAUUAAUAACCAAGUAUUACAGAUUAGUGUGAAAUAAUAAUAUAUAAAUGCUGUCAGGUCAGUACUAACAUUUAAACUCAAUCACAAUAAUCACUCCCUAAGCAAUUCCAAGCAUAGUAGAGUAUUUUGGAGAAGUGUUUUUGAAAAGAUAAAUUUAUGUUUUGAAGUUUUGUAAUAACUGCAGGUAUAUAGCUGUAAAUUAUAUUUACAUUUUUUAGGUGGGAGUGAAAAUAGCUCCUCUUUGAAAAAUUCUUAUUAGUUUCAUUUGAAUAGAAUAUGAGUAAUUGAUAAUAUAAAUAUGCUCCAAGACUUUCAAAACAUUACCUUAUUUUAUUUAUUUAUUUUUAAAGCAAAAGUGCUUUUUGAAUGGCAAUGUAAUUCUAUCAGAUUUUUUUGUACACUUUUUUUAAAAUGCACUGGCAUUCUUUUAAGAUAACAAUGUUUUAACUGUUAAAAUACAGAAACUUACAUGUAAAUAAUUUGGAAAUGUAAUUAAGUAACAUUUGUGUAUCUUCAGUUUUUUUAUGUGUUUAACAUUUUGUAAUGCAUUUUUCAAAAUAGAAAAUACAAAUUUUCGACAAUCAGAAGGUAAAUUUUUUUUAUGUCUUUAUGUUUUAUUAGUAUUGUCUAUACCUGAAUUGUAUAUAUAAUAAAAGCUUCUAUGUAAAUUGUAAAAUUUCAUUUCCAUACCUGUUUGAGUGCUUUAGUUUUUGUAUGAUGAAUUUGUGCUUUUUGCAAUGUUCUAAAGUGCCUUGUAAAACAGAGCUACUUUGUAUAUGAACUUUAAGAUGUCUUGCAGUGUCAAUUUUGCAUGUUAAUUAUAUUUUUUGUGUCCUGUUAAAUACUCAAUAUGAAAUAAAAAUAAAAGCUUUAAAAAUA